AUGGGUGGUGCAUCGGAAGAUAUCUUCAGACAUACCUCAAUUGAUCUUGAGAAGGGGCCCCAUGAUGUUCCCGUUGAAAACUUCUUGAAUGCACAAUACUUCAGCACGAUCGCCAUCGGAACGCCACCCCAAGAAUUCAAGGUCGUCCUUGAUACUGGCAGUUCCAACCUCUGGGUUCCAAGCUCAGAGUGUGGCUCAAUCGCCUGCUACCUGCAUCAGAAGUAUGACUCAUCUUCAUCUUCAACCUACAAGAAGAAUGGAUCAGAAUUUGGCAUUCGCUAUGGAUCUGGUGAAGUGUCUGGUUUCAUCUCCAAAGACGUUCUCCGUAUUGGAGACUUGAAGAUCAAGGACCAGCUUUUCGGAGAAACGACCAACGAACCUGGACUUGCCUUUGCCUUUGGUCGUUUUGACGGUAUCCUUGGACUGGGUUAUGAUACCAUUUCAGUCAAUCAUAUCCCUCCCCCAUUCUACAACAUGGUCGAUCAAGGACUCCUCGACGAACCAGUCUUUGCCUUCUACCUCGGAAACACCGAUGACGGAACCGAGUCAGAGGCCACCUUUGGUGGAAUUGACAGUUCCCACUACACUGGCAAGCUGGUCAAGAUUCCCCUCCGUCGCAAGGCUUAUUGGGAGGUAAAUCUCGACUCAAUCACCUUCGGCAAGGAAACCGCGGAUCUCGAUAACACCGGUGUGAUCCUUGAUACUGGCACCUCGUUAAUUGCCCUUCCAUCCACUCUAGCUGAGUUGCUCAACAAGGAAAUUGGAGCCAAGAAGGGAUUCAAUGGCCAAUACACAGUCGAAUGUGACAAGCGUGACUCUCUUCCUGACAUCAGCUUUUCUCUCAGCGGAUACGACUUUGAGAUCACAGCAUAUGACUAUAUUCUGGAGGUUCAAGGCUCAUGCAUUUCUAGCUUCAUGGGCAUGGAUUUCCCAGCUCCCACAGGGCCCCUUGCUAUCCUUGGUGAUAGCUUCUUGCGAAAAUGGUACAGUGUCUAUGACCUCGGCAGCAACUCUGUCGCUUUGGCCAAAGCCAAAUAG